GCGUGGGCGGGGCCUGGCGCGCACGUGACCGUGGGGAGGGACCGAGCCGGAAGCGCUUACCCAAGCGGGCGCCGCCAUGCACACCCGGGGACGGUCCUGCUGCGCCGUGCUGUUGGUCCUGGGAGUCUGCUGCGUGCAUUCGCGCAAUGUGCUGCUGAUUGUCGCGGAUGACGGAGGCUUUGAAAGCGGUGCGUACAACAACAGUGCCAUCGCCACCCCUCACCUGGAUGCCCUGGCCCGCCGCAGCCUCAUCUUCCGCAACGCCUUCAGCUCUGUCAGCAGCUGCUCUCCCAGCCGUGCCAGCCUCCUCACGGGCCUGCCCCAGCACCAGAAUGGCAUGUACGGGCUGCACCAGGAUAUGCAUCACUUCAACUCCUUCGACAAGGUGCAGAGCCUACCGCUGCUGCUCAGCCAGGCACGCGUGCGCACGGGCAUCAUCGGGAAGAAGCACGUGGGUCCGGAGACGGUGUACCCCUUUGACUUUGCGUUCACGGAGGAGAACGGCUCUGUGCUGCAGGUGGGACGGAACAUCACUAGAAUUAAGGAGCUGGUCCACAAAUUUCUGCAGACUCAGGAUGACAGGCCCUUCUUCCUCUAUGUGGCUUUCCACGACCCCCACCGCUGCGGACACUCCCAACCUCAGUACGGACCCUUCUGUGAGAAGUUUGGCAAUGGGAAGAGUGGCAUGGGACGAAUUCCAGACUGGACACCCCAGACCUACGACCCUCAGGAUGUGAUGGUGCCUUACUUUGUCCCAGACACACCGGCAGCCCGGGCAGACCUAGCCGCCCAGUACACCACCAUCGGACGGAUGGACCAAGGGGUGGGGCUGGUGCUCCAGGAGCUGCGAGGUGCAGGCAUACUGAAUGACACCCUCAUCAUCUUCACAUCGGACAAUGGCAUCCCCUUCCCCAGUGGCAGGACCAACUUAUACUGGCCUGGUAUAGCCGAGCCCUUGUUGGUGUCAUCCCCAGAGCACCCACAACGUUGGGGCCAGGUCAGCGAGGCCUACGUGAGCCUUCUAGACCUCACCCCCACGGUCCUGGACUGGUUCUCCAUCCCAUACCCCAGCUAUGCCAUCUUUGGCUCAAAGAAGAUCCAGCUCACAGGCCGAUCCCUGCUGCCAGCGCUGGAGGCAGAGCCCCUGUGGGCCACGGUCUUCAGCAGCCAGAGCCACCACGAGGUCACCAUGUCCUACCCCAUGCGUGCCGUACACCACCAGAACUUCCGCCUCAUUCACAACCUCAGCUUCAAGAUGCCGUUUCCCAUCGACCAAGAUUUCUAUGUGUCGCCGACCUUCCAGGACCUCCUGAACCGAACCACAGCCGGCCAGCCCACGGGCUGGUACAAGGAUCUCCACCAUUACUACUACCGGGAAUGCUGGGAACUCUACGAUGUCAGCCGGGACCCUCGAGAGACACAGAACCUGGCCGCUGACCCACAAUUCUCGCAAGUACUGGAGGCGCUGAAAUCCCAGCUUGCCAAGUGGCAGUGGGAGACGCAUGACCCCUGGGUGUGCGCCCCUGACGGGGUCCUGGAGGAAAAGCUCACCCCACAGUGCCGACCCCUUCACAAUGAGCUCUAACAGACACCAAGGGAGAGGAAAUGGAGGCGGGGUCAACAGUCCCACGCUCCACCCACCCAUCUGAGGAGGGCCCCUCUACAGUGUGGGAUGCCCCUCCUGCCUCCCGGGCAAGGACAUUCGGGUGGGCGGGGACUGCCCCAUGUCACCUUGCCAGGAACACUGCUGCAUGAACUGACCCAGGAGUUCUCAGGGAAACAUGGGCAGGGCAGGGCAGAACCCCAAGUUUGACCUGCAGAUGGAGGGGUGAGGUCUGGGGGUUUGAGGCCCUCUGGUUUUUGGAACCCAUGGGUGUUGUUAAGCCCGCCAUUCUGAGAGGGGCCCAGGGCUUCUGCGCCACGUGGGCAGUGGGCGGGCCACACUGACUACUUUAACCAGCCUUGGUGUGGAGGAAGCCUUUGGGGGUCCUGGGCUUGCUUUUGCCUUCAUUCUACCCUUGUUAUGUACACACCAAAAAAUCUCCCUGGUUCUCAGAGGUGAUGGGUUUGAUCCCGUGUCUUUCUGGGCUCAGCUUGUCCUGUCUGAGCAUGAGCUUCCUUCUUGCCCUUCAUUCUCUGUGAGUGACACGGAGCUUCUGGCACCAGCCUUUCCCUUCCUCCACUUGCACAGCCUGGAAACCGAGAAGGAGAGGGUCCGUCCCUACCGCCCACUAUCAACCCCAUCCUGGGAGGCAGGGAGAGCCAUGGGCCCCAGCAUUGGGAAAGCUUUGAGUUCUUUGUUUUGUUUUGAGACAAGGUUUCUCUGUAGCUUUGGAGCCUGUCCUGGAACUCGCUCUGAGGCCAGGCUGGCUUCGAACUCACAGAGGUUCACCUGUCUCUGCCUCCUGAGUGCCCGGCAUAUCGGGAAAGCUUUGUACAUUAGUACACAGAACUUCAUAGUAGCAUACUAGAUUUUAGGCACUGA